AUGGCGCCCCUUCACCGCCGCACAUAUCUGGAACCCGCCGUUAUCGGAGGCAUCGUUGGCCUCGGCUGUCUAGUGAUAGUAGGAGCAUUUUGUACCGUCAUCUUCUGCGUAAUGUGCAGAAAACAACGACAGCGCAAAAAGGCCAUACGCAAAAUGCAGGAAGACCAGAUGACACCGUUCAUCGGAUACCAAUACACGGCACCAGCCGGUGUGCAAAGCAACUCCCAAGGAGCGCUAUUACGUCCACAGGAACUGGAUGUCCAAGAGCAAUACAGUGGACCUCAGGAAUUACAAGGGGGUAGGAGACUGGGCCCCCUGCCUCCCCAGCAAAUUGAUGGAUACAUCGCAGCACCCACUUUCGACAACGACAGACCACUCGAACUGCCUGCCGGCGCUGCAUAUCACGGCACAGACAUCAAACGUGGAAUUUACAGAUGA